AUGGUGCUCAAUGCGUCCCGAGAGGAGAUUCGAGACGACCGCUACUACCGCUCGUUGCUGCUUGGGCCGUCCUUGUCCUCAGCUACGUCCCCGUCGCCCUCUUCAGCACGCAGCAGCCCGUCUGGUAGCGUAGAAGAUGGCUCCGCGCACACACUUUUAGCGCUGAAAACGUCCCUGAAAAACUCGUCAACCACCCAAAAUGACACAAUCAUUAAGAGACGACGAGAAAAACCCAUAAUGGAAUCUGACGAUACAGCAGAGUCCGAGCCCCAGGAGAAGACGAAGCGUAAGCGCAAAUACCGCAAAGCCACCCACACAAUUCGGAAGGAAGAGAAAGAGCGGCUGCAAAAAGAGCUGCAUGGACUUCAAGCCCGAAUGGAAGAGCUCAAACAACAAGCACUGAAUUCUUUUGGCAAACCAGGACAGAACGACAAGGACAGAGUCGUUAUUAGCAAAGUACUGCGGGAUGCAGUCCAGCGACAACAACUUGAGUUCGCCAAUAUUCAAGGAAUCAUGUCGGAAUACGCACUUUCGACGAUUCAAGCAGGCAGUCCUCUGCAGAGGUUUAUUCAUUUGAGCCGUGAUGAAACCUCAAGGAGAGAUACACUGCUGGCAUUAAAACCUUUGAAGCUCAGAGAUGCGGAUAAUUUUCUAAGACAACGACGACCGAAUGUGGACCCGUGCAAACCCAUGUGUGAAGAUCAUCGAUACGAACUCCCAAAUGGAGAUUUUUGCUCCACUCGGUUCACGACGAUCCAGUUUCAUGGCGUGGAAAGUGUCAAGCAGGUCUUUGAUAUGCUGGUGCAGUACUUUUGUAACAUUGAAAUUAGUAUCUCCGAGAAACUGGGUCAUAUUACGAUCCGUGAAGACGACGACAGUGGCGGCAAAGGCGUGACGCAGAAUCGACUGGUGUCCACAACCAUGAACGGGUUAAUUAUGGAAUCGAAUACAGUGCUGUUCUCGCACUUUUUCGAGCCGGAUAGGGAGCCAGGCCACGAGAGAGGACGUGGCCUUAUUGUUGCAGACUUUGUCGAUGAAGAUGAAAGACAUCCGUAUCGACCCAAUAAACGCAUUAGACGCGAUAUCAACGCUAUUCUAGAGCUGACCUCGUACACACGCAAAGUUACGCCUAUUGGACAGAUUGAAGGCACAUUUGGCGAAGAACUGGAAUCAAGGGAAGAGAGCGUUGUCGUUCUCACACGGUGGGCCUUUUCACAGCUUAAUCGACCUUCUUUUUCGGUGUCUACGAGCAAUUGGGAAGAAAUGCGGGACAACAUGGGUCGCUGGGGCGAAACAAUGCACCGUUCGAUGAUUGAAAGUCUCACUCCGGUUGCUUGA